CCAAGGUCCCACGGUGAUCAAGAGCUCCCUAACUAUGGCAGGUGUAGUCUGCGCUACUCUGAUUCUUAUCAUCGAGGCUCUACUCCAGCCUGACUUUCUUUGGGCGGUGCCAGACGGUACCCACUCUCUUUGCCUCGACUUCACUGUCAAAUCUCAGUCCAGACCUGGGGAGUCCUGGUGUGAAGUGCAGGGCUCAGUGGAUAAGACCGCUUUCCUUCAGUAUGACUGUGAGAGCAACAAGAUCAAACCUUUGGGUCACCUGGGAAGGGAGGUGAAUGCCACCAAAACAUGGACACAAUUGACAGAAAUGCUGAGAGAACUGGGGCAAGAUCUCAGGAUGAUUUUGCUUGACAUAAACUUGGAACAAAAGAUGGCCAGGGGUCAUCUCACCCUGCAGGCCAAGAUGUCUUGUCAGCUUGAAGGAAAAAAUCACAUUGGUUCAUCCUGGAAUUUCAGCAUUGAUGGACAGCCAUCUCUCUGCUUAAAUGUGAUGCACAUGGAGUGGACAGUGAUUAAUCCUAGAGCCCGGGGGAUCAAGGAGAAGUGGGAGAAUGACAAAGAACUGACAGAACAUUUAAGGAAGGUCUCCAUGGGAGAUUGCAGUCACUGGCUCAGGGAAUUCUCAGAGCACUUGGAGGAAAUGCCAGCAACAACAUCAAGAGUCCCAGUUACCGAGCAGUCUCCACGUAACCGAUCUGUUUCCAUGAUCAUCAUAGGGGUCGCCAGUGGCCUAAUCAUAAUUAUCUUCAUCAUCAUCUUCUUUUUCUGGAGGAAAAAAAAGACACAAUUAAAGAAGCUGUUUCAUCAUCAACUAUGAAUUCUGUGGACCAUGGGAAGGCAACAUCAUCAGACCAACUCGUGAUGGCAAGAAGUGUCCUUUGAUGACAGCCUUUAUUCUGCCAUUCUUUCCAACAAACUGUCCUCCAUUUGGGUGGAAUUGGAAAGACUGUGGAUGUUUUCCUUAUUUAUAGAAGAAAAUGAAAUAGAAGUGUAUAAAUCCUGGUUUAAUGAGGUUUAUUUACAUGUUUACACUUAUUUUUAUAUAUACUUAAGUUACUGAUGGGCAGAAACCACAAGUCAACUGUGCUAACUCCCUAGAUGUCAUGACCCAAAGGAUUAAGGCCAUAGAGUGAAGUGACAUGUGGAUAUAUUAACAUCUUGUUGUGACACUUGGAACAAAAGAAAGGAUAAAGUGUGACAUGUUUAUAGCUGGAACAGUUACCCUAUAAAAAAUAUGGUUAACUCCCAUUGUGGAGAGCAGUGACAAUGACUGGUAGACCAGUGUCUGAGAUUGCAAUCCCUGAUGACUUCAUGGCUGUGGCAUACUUGGUGGCUAGGAAAGUUUUGGUGCAAAGCCAUAGGAUGCCUGGUUGCUGUGAAGACGUCCUCCCUGCUAGAGACUUAUCAGCCUCAACCUUAUUCUCAGGCACCUCAGCUCCUGGGAAUGAUGGAACUUCCUUCCUAAGAUAAGGACAAUGUUUCAACAGUUCUGGUGCUCCUGAAUCUGCCUGUGAAUUACUAGCUUUAAAGAAUGGACUUUGUUGAGAGAUGCACAAUUCUACUAACAUUGCACAUUGCAAAUGUAGAAUGUAACUGAGGAAAUAGUUUUAUACUGUUGCUAACUCUGUAACUUUCAUGAAUAUAAAGAAUAAUGCUUGCAUAGUCUUUAAUCCCUGAUUUAGAGACAUAUAUAAUAAAGAUUUCUGGUGUAAUUUUUUA